GUACUAAAAUUCAAUCAAAAUAAAGGAAAACUUGUGAAAUUGAGUCUGGAGAAUUUGAUUAAAUUUUAUACAAUAUCAUCAUGAAUACUGAUUGGGAUGAAAUAAAACGACUUGCAGCAGAUUUCCAAAAGGCUCAAUUAUCAUCCACACUUGCACGCCUUUCUGAACGUAAUUGUAUCGAAGUCGUGAGUUUAUUGCUUGAAAAAGGAUUGAUUGAUCUUGUCUUCACAACUGAUGGUAAAGAAUAUUUGACACAUGAUCACUUGCGUCGCGAAAUUGAAGACGAAUUGUAUGUUAAUGGUGGAAGAAUAAAUUUAGUGGAACUCUCGAAAUCCUUAUGCGUAGAUCUUCAAAAAAUUCAACCAGUUGCUGAACAAAUAGCUCAAGAAGAUGUUAAAAUAACUCUCAUCUUGGGUCAAUUAAUUUCAUCAGAUUAUAUUGUAAGAAUUGCUUCCGAGAUUAAUGAACGUUUGAAUCAAAACGGCGAAGUUAACAUCUCAGAAUUGACUGGCGCUUAUGACUUGCCAAGUGACUUUCUUCUUCAUGAAAUUGUUGAAAAGAAUCUUGGACGUAUAAUUUUUGGAAAGCAAGAUUCAAGCAAUCCACGUUUGCUUUACACUUCAGCUUUCAUUUCUCGUUGUAAAGCAAGAAUUCGAGGUGCACUUGCCGGAAUCACUAAGCCAACGCCAUUGACAGCAAUUUUAAAUCAAACAGGAAUACAAGAACGAAUUUUCUUCUCUCUUACUAACGAUGUAAGUCUUACAGGUACGAUAACAUCAAGAUCAACAGCUGGAAGCUACAUUCCUCAUGUUUACACAAAAACACAAUCAGAAUGGGUGAAGAAUUUCUUCAAACAAAACGGAUAUUUGGAAUACGAAUCUGUGACAGCAUUAGGAGUUGGAUCCGAUCCAAAACCUUUCAUUCAAAAGCAAUUAAGUGCUGCUAAUAAAUUAACUUUUCUCGAUAAAUGUGUUGUUGGUCAAAGAAUAAUCGAUCAAGUCGAAUCAACACUUGAAGAGUCAAUUGCAACAAGCAGCUUCUUAGAUGUUAGCACAAUCCUUCCAAGUGUCAUAGGCGAACAAGAUAUUGAGAAGUUAAUUCAAAUCAUUCUCACGCCAAGUAAACAGAGACUGACACAAAUGUUUGGAACUUUAAUUGUCACAACAAAAUACAUUGACAACUUGCUGAAACCUGUUUACAUCAUAGCAGAGACAAACGCAAAAGCGUCAGUCGAUUCAGGAGCUUAUCAAAAAUUCAUUGCUGAAAAAACAAUAAAAAAAGAUUUUGAAACUGAAGAAGCGAUUGGAAAAGUUGACAAACGUGAGGAACGUCGUAAGAAAGCAGCUGGUGGGAAAGCUGGCGGUGGUGCUCAAGGUCGUGAAACGAAAACAAAAUCAACGAAGAAACAUCAACGUGGUGGGAAGAAUAAAGAUUUUGAUGAUUCAGGUUCUGACGAUGACUUCGCCGCUGUUUCUAAGAAGAACAAGAAAGAUCAGCAACUUGAUAUUGUUCAUGUACAUGAAAUUAAGAAAGCGAUAAAGGAGACUUUGGAAAAUGAUGGCCUCGACGAUAUUGUCAAUGAAAUUGCGAACUUUUAUCAUGUUCAAAUCAGUAAAUAUGCUCAAAACAAAGCACAAGAGUUCUAUGAAGCGUCUUUACAAAACAGCAUGCAAAACCGCAAACAAAACCACAGUGCAUUGCAAGAUAAGUUGAAUGUUUUACUGAAUGACAUUCGAUUGUAUGAGAAAGGAUUGAAAAUGUUCACUUCGACAGAGACGCAAGCUCAAUUAACGAAAUAUCUUUUGAAGAGUCUUGGAGUUGAUUUUUGCAAUGAAAUUUCUUUUUAUAUUGCGAUUGAAAGUGAGUUGAGCUUCCCGAAUACACUCAGCAAUCAAUUAACAACUGAACAACGGACUAGAAUUGCUGCUGAAUGUGAAGCGAGUUUCAAGCAGCCUUUGAUGGCUGUCAAUAAAUCCUUGAAUGGAACUGUCGAAGAGUUCUUAACAGCAGCUGAGAAUAUUUUAGCUCCAUGUUCAAUGAUUCUCAAGAAAAUUGAUAAAAAGAAAGAUAAACAAAUUAUUUUGACGCACAAACAAGGACUUUUAGAUCAACUUUACAAGUGCAACGAUCCGUCACUGGUGCUCCAUCUUGCAAGUCUUGUGAUAUUCACAAUUGCAACUGGAAACAUGCUUCAUGCAUCUGGGAAGUUUGUGUCGUCAAUUUUAGAUUUUCUUGCUUUAGGAAUUCUUUCCGACGAUGACAACAUUCAAUUGAUGAAGUUUCACGAGUUUGUCUUGAUGCUCUUCAGAGCUGAGAAUGAUGAAAUGAAAGCUGAAUUAAAUGUGAAACUUGAUGAAAUGAUUCCGAAGAUCAAAGACAUGGCAGCCAACUUUAAAAAGAUAUCGAAAAACAAGGAUGAUCGUGAAGAUUGAAUUGAGUUACAUUUUUGAUACUUGAAACUUUUAUUUGUGGUUACGGCGGUUACAAAUUUUAUAAUUAAUGAGAGAAAAUAAACAAAAACACGAAAUGAAAA